AUGGGAGAGGUCGUUUGGCGCUUCCCGCUGGCAUUUCAGGAUGUUUUCGCUUUGGCCACCAUUGCCAUGAUGCCUUUGGUUCCUGAGUCGCCCAGAUGGCUUUAUUCCCAAGGCAAACGGCAGGAGGCUAUUGAGGCUCUUUGUCGCAUAAUGGACAAGCCUGAACGUGACGGUGAAGUCUCUACCAUCGUUGCGGAGAUGCAGCAAGCCGUUUCUCUCGAGGAAAGUGACUCCAAGCUCAGUCUCCGUAGCAUCUUCCUCGACAAGACGGAUAUGAAAAACGGCCGGCGUCUGCUGCUUUGCUUCCUCAUCCAACUGUUUCAGCAGUUUACUGGAAUUAAUGUCAUUGCAUUCUACGUCACCAUUGUUCUUGAAACAAAUGUCGGCCUAAGCCACGAAAUGAGCAGCCUCGUCGCCGGGUUUAUUCAGAUUGCUUUCUGGGCUGGGACGUUCCCACCCAUGUUCUUGCUGGAUAGAUUGGGUCGCCGCAAAGUACUCAUGUACGGGUCAACAAUACUCUGCAUCUCGAUGGUGCUAUUCACAGUCGGCAUAGCACUCGCAACCCCAGCCUCCUCUCGUCUUGCACUUGCCAUGUUAAUCAUUUAUGAGUUCUCGUUCGGCAUGUCGUGGAACAGUGUCCCUUGGCUCUAUGCCCCAGAGAUCACACCUCUAAAUCUUCGCCAUGUCGGGGCCGCCGUAGGAUGUUUCUCGGAGUGGCUCUGGACCUUUGUUAUCGCAAUCAUGACUCCUGCUGCCAUUGCCAACACGGGCUGGAAGAUCUAUCUAUUAUUCUGCAUUAUGAUGACUUUGAGCAUCCCAUUUGUGUACUUCUUCUUGCCAGAGACAACUGGAAAGUCUCUGGAAGAAAUCGACUACAUCUUCGUCAAAGAUGGAGCUCCACAUAGUGAGCCGUAUGCAACGUCACGAUCGUCAGUUGACAUCGAGAUGAAGACGGAAGGUCGCAGCAACCAGGUGGAAAACGUAUAG